ACACAGGACGCAUUUUUUUAUUUUUUUUUAAUCAAAUUAUGGUUUACCAAAACGAGACUAUAUAUUUUUUUUCACUGCGAAAAAGAUGACAACUUUAGCUAAAGGACUCUCUUUUCCUCUUCUCCCUCUUAGCUGUUAACUGUGCGAGUAAAAAUUCAGCUGAGUUGCAGCCUCCUUCCUUCAUCUUCUUGAUAACACCAUUCCCCCAAUGCAUGUUUCCCCCUCCUUUCCCUUUUUCCCUAAAACCCCUCAAUAAUAAUUCUACAUAUUCAAAUACCCUUUUCUCUCUUUUACCAGAUCCACCACAAGUUUUCUCAAAAUCUUGUUUUUUUUUCAAAUUUUAGCCUAAGGUUGUUGAAACAUCUUCAUGUUUUAAAAGCCACGAAUUGUGUUUUUUUUUUUUUUUUACAUAUUCAGACACCCUUUUCUCUUUUUUACCAAAUCCACCACCCACCUCCUAGAAAUUUUGCGAAAACAAGAAUUACAAAUUUUUGCCUAAGGUUCUUGAAACAUCUUCGUUUCAUUAAAGCUAGGAAUUUGCCAUUUUUUUUAACAUAUUCAGACACCCUUUUCUCUUUUUUAUCAAAUCCAUCACUCACCACCUCAUAAUUCUGCAAAAAAAAGUUUUUUCUUUCUUUUCAAUUUUUAGCAAUUUUAGCCUAAGAACUUGUUCCCUUAAUGUGUUCUUGAAACAUCUUCAUAUUAAAAAAGCUAGAAAUUUUGUCAAUUUUUUUUACAUAUUCAGACGCCCUUUUCUCUUUUUUUUUAUCAAAUCCACAACUCAUCACCUCAGAAUUUUGCAAAAAGAUAGCAAUUUUAGCUGUUCCUUAAAUGGAUUCUUGAAAAAUUCUUGUUUUUGUUUUUCAUUGUGUGUGUUAUUUGUGGUUGUGAAGGAAAAUGAAAGUGACUCAGAAAGAAAAAGAUUCAGAAAAAAUCAUCUGGGAUCAGAUGAGAACUUCUUCUGGGUCACAACAAAAUCGAGCUUUACCAAAGCUAAUGGUAUGGCUAGUUCUCUUUGUUUCGGCCACUUAUAUUGUUUACACACUUAAGCUUCUUUCCAGAAGUUCUUGCAAUAACAAUGACAAUGUUUUUAGCAAUGAUUUGGUUAUUCAUGCUUCGGAAGUUAAUUCAAGUAAACCAAACAUGCCCUUGUUAGUUAACGAUGACCCAGUGGAGGAGAAGACCGGGCUGGAACAUAUAGUUUUCGGCAUUGCAGCAUCUGCAAAGCUCUGGGAUAAGAGAAAAGAUUAUAUUAAACUAUGGUGGAAAAAGGAGGAGCAAAUGAGAGGCAUUGUAUGGUUAGAUAAACCUGUGAAAAUGGCGAAAGACGAUAGGGAAAAGUUACCGGAGUUGAGAAUAUCAGGUGAUACUUCCCGGUUUCUGUACAAGAACCGGCAGGGUCACCGGUCAGCUAUACGAAUAUCGAGGAUAGUAUCGGAGACAUUGAGGUUAGGAAUGGAGAAUGUGAGGUGGUUUGUUAUGGGAGAUGAUGAUACUGUGUUUGUUACUGAUAAUUUAGUGAGGAUUUUGAACAAGUAUGAUCAUAAUCAGUAUUAUUAUAUUGGGAGUUUAAGUGAGAGUCAUUUGCAGAAUAUUUAUUUUUCUUAUAGUAUGGCUUAUGGGGGUGGUGGAUUUGCUAUUAGUUAUCCUUUAGCUAAAGCACUUGAGAAAAUGCAAGAUAAAUGUAUUCAAAGGUAUCCUGGUCUUUAUGGUUCUGAUGAUAGAAUGCAGGCUUGUAUGGCUGAACUUGGUGUUCCACUCACUAAAGAAGUUGGCUUUCACCAGUACGAUGUGUACGGGAACUUAUUUGGUCUGCUAGCAUCACAUCCAAUAGCGCCAUUGGUAACAUUGCACCAUCUUGACGUGGUGGAGCCAAUCUUUCCCAAUGUGACUCGAGUGCAAGCAUUACGGCGUCUUACUGUUCCAAUGAAGCUCGACUCGGCUGGUCUUAUGCAGCAAUCCAUUUGCUAUGACAAAGCUAACGGUUGGACCAUAUCAGUGUCGUGGGGAUUUGCAGUUCAAAUAUUCCGUGGGGAGUUGUCCGCCCGUGAGAUGGAAAUGCCCUCAAGAACUUUCCUGAAUUGGUAUAAAAGAGCAGAUUACACUGCAUAUGCUUUUAACACGAGGCCUGUUGCGAGGAAUCCAUGCCAAAAACCGUUUGUGUUUUAUUUAACAAACGCCAAGAUGGAUCCUUCCAGCAACCAAACGAUGAGCCAGUAUACCCGACAUCGAGUUCCUCAUCCAGCCUGCAAGUGGAAGACGACAGACCCUGCUGGUGUUGAUCGCAUUCAGGUUUACAAGAAGCCUGACCCACAUCUAUGGGAUCGGUCUCCAAGGAGGAAUUGUUGCAGAGUCUUAAGCUCAAAGGGAAAAAGCAUGGUGGUGGAUGUAGGUGUCUGUAGGGAGGGUGAGGUUAGUGAAGUAUGACGAUGUACAACUCUCGAGCCUUUUCUCUCUUUGUAUUGUCUCCCAAUUGAUUCUCAAAUGUAUUUCUUCAUUUGUUGAAUUAACGUGAAAUUUUCUUGGUUCCAUCCAAGUUUCACUUAUGACCACUACAUUUAGGGAAAAGAUGAGCUAAUGUAAAAUAUCCCAGUUAUGCACUAGAUAUCUUAUAUGAGUUAUUAAUGUAGCAUAGUUUUUUCCAGUA